AUGUCUAUUGUGUGGGAGUGGCGAAUCCUUGAUUACGCUACUUGCAUCGUUCUGGGUUUUGUUGGAUGGCUUGUGGGUUCAUAUGUCUGGCCGCAUUGUCGUCAAUUUAGCUUUGACGACUCUAGCAUCAAGUAUGACAGGCACGAAGGGGAAACUUUUCCCACUUAUUCUGUCAUUAUUGCCAUUGCCCUUAUUCUCUUUGUGUACGUUGCUGGAGAGUAUUAUACAUGGAGAAGGCACAGUAGACGCAUCUUGUUGCGUUACCUCAAUGCCUGGGUACUUGCACAUGCCUUCAGUAUCUGCCUUGAGUUUUGCAUUGUGAACCUUUCCAAGCUGUACGCCGGGAGACUUCGACCGGACUUCCUGCAGCGAAUGGCCGACGAGGGCAUCACCAUCGCAACGAUUGGCGGCUUCACAGAAACUCAAGUCUGCCACGCGGCCCGUGAGGGGCGACUGUCGUUCCCGUCCGGCCACAGCGGCACGGCCUUCGCCGGCUUUGUGCCGCUCUCGCUGUAUCUUCUCGGCCUCACGCGGGCCCUGCAAGGCGGUGCCUUCUACCGCGCCAUCCUCGCCGUGCUGCCGCUCUGUUUUCCCAUCAUCACCGCCAUCUCCCGCACACGCGAUAACUAUCAUCACUUUGCAGAUAUCGUGGCAGGAUCCCUUAUUGGCUCCGCAUGUGGCAUUUUUUCAGUUUUACUGUCAUUUGUACCAACACGGUCAGGGAGGUGGGCACUGCGAGAACCGGAAUCUACAAACGAAGAACGAUCGAACUCUCCAAGAUGUGACACAGAAGAACAAGAGAGAGAACUGGUCAACACUUUGUCGCCAAACUGCCGCAGAGAAACGGAUUUACCUGUUUAG